AUGACACAGCAAGGUGAAGAGAUAGAGUUGGAAAGAAUGAAUGGUGAUAAUUCGAAUAGAAAUAAAGAAGACGAUGUAAAGGAAAGGAAAGGUUAGUGCUGUUGGAAUGUUGAACUUAUUAAACGGAGUGGGUGUUGGACUCCCAUAUUUAAGCUUCGUAUCAAUGAACGUGGCGCGUGACGGGUUAAAUUUCGAGGCCCUUUAACAAAGUAUCCUUUUUGGCAUUGUGAUCCCUACAUAGCCCAUGCCUAAAGCACAGGACCUACCGUAAGCCACUUUAAUUAACCUAUGCUACCUGGCUAACAUACUAACAAAACGAUUCAACUGUAUAGAAUUCAAUGCCAUAUUAAAGUCCAUUGUGCAUCGUCAAAACUUUUGGGUCGGUUAUUCAAACGGAGUUUAGCCAGUGUUUAACAAAACCGCUUUGCAAGCCAUUAUCAAUUUGCCCAACGCUUUUAUCUUAACACAAUUUUAUUUAUCGAGAAUAAUUUUAUUAAAGCAUAUAUCGUAGACAGGAAAAGCACUUAUCUCCUUUCAGUAACUCCUUAACAAAGAAAUCUGGAUGUGCGAAGAUUUUCUUUAAUUUUCUUUCUUUUCUGUGUAGGUUAAAGUAUUAUAGUUAUUAAUAACGAAAAAAGUUGAAGAAGGUCUAGGCCUGGGUCUGUCAUCAACAAACAGUACCUUAUUGUGAAAUUUUGUGUCAGAUACUGUGAGGUAUAAAUGUAGGCACAUAACUGUUUGUCCAGGCCCCAUAAGAAAACACGUAAGAAGCUUACGGGAACACAAACGUCAGCCUUAGGUCUUCCCUCAAGACAGACAUACAGACCCUAUAAAUCGUAACCUGUAAAUUGCUGCUACUGAAGAGUCCUAUGUCUUCAAAAAGGGUGCGUUGGGGGUUCGAUGCUGUAGUUUGGAAGAAUUCUACUACUGUGAUCGAAAUUGAUGCAUUGUGAAAACAUGCGACUUUUAGCUCUCUGGGAGAGCUUCUUUCACUUUCGGUGUGUUUGCGGGGUAUUUUUUCUUAAUCACCCAAGUCCUCCUUCUAAAGGUAAACUGCAAUCGAAGGCUCCUAAAAUUAAGUAAGGGUUUCUUUUUAGUGGCUUAGAGUUUAUUAGUUGCUCUAUUAAUUGUAUAUAAGUGGAAGCUUGGCUAGCUACUAUAUAUACUUGGUCAAUGCUGGCGACCUUAUAGCGGCACACGCUUAUCCAAAAUUGACCGGAGUAGUACCCCCGACGGAUCGCAAUAGCCAGUUCAGUAAGAUCAACAGUUUCAGAAACCUCAGGCAUUUACGCUUUCGACGAUUUUCCUUGGCUGCCUCUUGAAUUUCAUUUCAAAAUUUGUCUGGAUAGCACGCCCUAAGCGGGAUCACACUGGAAUAAGAACUUGUCGGAUAUAAGAGAAAAUAUGGGCUGCCAGUAGUCUCAGAGAAAAAAAGUAUAAAUGGGAUCAUUAUAAUACAGUACAGAGCAGUUGAAAUUUACCAUGAUAUUCAUACGGAAAAAGAGCCGUCUUAUAGUUGUAGAAUGUCAAGAAGCCAGGUUUUAAGGUAAUCCAAGCUCUGUAUCUUUUAAAGUCCUCUAUAAUUGACUUCUUAUUGUAAGAUGCUUUAUACUCCUUACUUAUUUUUUAUUUUCUUUUGAAUACUUAUGGAAGGGUCUGCGUAAUUCUAUACAGAGAAGCGAGUCAUGAUCAAAUGAGAUGAACGAAUGUGACACUGGAUUUUUCUCUGAGGCACAACCUUGGUUGAAAAAAAUUGCUCAUCCUUAACUUUUUGUCACUAGAUUUUGAACGUAAACUGAGAAGGACUUUAAGGAAAGGCGAUAUUGAUGAUAUCACUGACUUGUUAUCACCGCGGGCUCUUACAAAAUGCGACACCAAUGCGUUACUUAUGGCAAUGGAGGUAGGUCAUGAAAAAAAGAAAUAUUCGUUUGUUUUUUCUUUGUUCGAGAAAAUUUUUCCCUCCUGAUCGACGUUUUGUGAUGUAGUUGCUUUCGUAUGAUUAAUAUUUCUAGAGAGGAUUUGGUAUGAAAGCUUACUAGUUGUUCUUCAGUGUUACUCGACCGUGACGUGGCGAUUAUUGCAUCUCUCUGAUUGAAAUUAGAUUCUCUCAUUUGCCGUCUUUCUUCAUUUAUCACCGAAAGGUACACUUCAGGGGCAUCUAACAACGGUUCCCUCCAAAAAACGAUAAAAACACUUUUUUAGGCCAUUCAGAGUACUUUUCGAUAUCUACUGGAAAUGCAUUCUAAGCGGCGCUACAUAAUUUUUAUUACAAGGACUUCAGUAUUAUUUUUCCGAAAAUUUUAGGUGCAAUGUAACGUUCUACGAAAGAGAGAAUUUUUCUGACUACUCUCUCCAUCACAUUUCAGAAUUCAAAUUUUAGAUUUCCUUUUCGUGAGAAAAAUAGUUUAGCCUGGGUGGUAAAAUAUGAAAAAUCAAAUUUCAGAAAAUCAUUAGGAAUUUAUUAAAUAAGCUUCGAAAAUUGUACAUGAAUGGAACGUUCUUAUAGGAAUUUUUAGUUCUUAUAGAAAAUUCUAGGCAAUAUUUGCUUCUCCGAAUAGACAUUUUACCGGAAGCAGUCGUUGGGUGCCCCUGACUCUUUUGACAUUGCUGAUCCUAGCAGGACGUUGAAGGACCGCGGUAUAUCAGAUAUGAGUAGGCAAGGAUGGUAAAAUAAUUAGCUAAAUGUACCUAUCUUUGCACAUUACUCAAAAUAGAGAGCUUAAUAGUUGAAAAAAAAUAUAUAUAUAUAUGUUCACAAAUGGCACCAACAGAAACACCAGUUUAAAAUAUUUUUUAGGUUUUCGGAUGCUACUAAAACGGGGAACGGGGAGGGGGAACGCGCACGUGGAACGGGAAAAUGAAAAAUCGGAACAAGGCAGGGUAUUGCAAAUGAAUUCACUGAUAGGGCAAGGCUUCAAUUUAAACUUUGCUCCCAUUUUUCUUUUCCCCGUUCCAUGUGCUCGUUCCCAGCUCUAUUCCCUCGUUUAAGUAACAUCCUACCUUUUCAAAACCAAGAGAGGAUAAAGUUUAAAGCUUGUCAAAACUUAUUGCUUGUUUUCAAAACUUACUAGCCCAUUGGUAAUCAUUAAAUCAAACGUUGAACAGCGAGAGCAACGACCUUAGCUAUCACUUUGAGCUAUCAAGUAUUUCGAAAAAGGUCUGGUUCUUGAAAAACAACAAACACAAAUAAAACAUGACGUACCAACUAGAAACCUUCUAACCCAAAGGCCCCUUUACUGCCACAGGUAAAUUUUGAGCUCCGACGGUUAGCAGAACGAAAGGGACAAGACGAAGAUAACUUUACCAAGUUGGCAAACUCAGUGGACGAGUUUACUAAUUGCUUACUUGAGCCUUUGAAGACCGACAAAGAGGCUCGUUAUAUCUUCGGGGAGGCCCUGGAUUGUAUUGUAGAAGCUGGUGUCAAACGGGAGCAAAAGAAGGUGAUUUAAUUUUCUAGUGCUAUAACCAUGAGCAGUUGAGCUAAGUAGAUAUGGUUGCUUUUAUCACGAGAUUUCUCACGGUGAACAAUGAUUUUUUGAGUUCUCCGUCCAAUCCUGAUGGUUUACUUUUGAUUUUUGUUAUAUUCGGUGUAUCUGGAUCGAAGAAUAGUUUUCAAACUAGCUCUGAGUUAUUGAUGUUGCUACUGGGUUGAGUUAUGAUGAGACACUUUUUUCACUUGCAUGGGCAUGUUCAAAAUGAACCCUUGCAAAAUAAAUUAGAUGGGAUAACAAGAUAUAACUUGAUUACAUUUUCAAAUAUUAACAUAAAACUUUUUUCUUGUGUGCAAACUUUUAUCGCAGUUUUUCGCUCAUCCAGUUGUGCAGAACUUAAUGAAGAAAAAAUGGUUCGGAACAUUCGGUAAAAUGAAGAGAUCUUCCUGGCUGGAGGUCGGAUGGUGGACAUGGAUAUUUCUCAACAUUUGGUGUUUAUUUGACAUCAUUUUCUUUCCAUUCUUCUUCACUUUGUUCUAUAUCAAGCAUCGAAUCAACAUAGUUGUACAUCGAAGUAAAGGCAAGUAAUUAAGUUGAGAUAGUAUUAGAUUAGUGCUCUACAAACGAUUUUGAAACUAUUUUGGUUUCCAGAUCAGGUCCAUAAUGCAAAAAUAAGGUUACUCUAGCGAAACGUUUCUCGACGUUUAGAUACCUUCAAAAUGAAGACCGCAUCAGGUCACCUGACUACGCUGGUUAGCACCCUUCUUAAUUUUAAUCAUCAAACCAUGAUAGACUCAUUACCACCACAGGAUCGCAUGACAAACAUCUACUACGUAGAUCUUUAUCAUUUAUUUUUUAAGUGCUUUAGUUAUAGGAAAAUAAUGAUUAUUUGCAGAGAUGCACCUUGCCUUUGUUAUAAACGCAACUUCUGAUGCCGCAGACGAUGCCUUCGACCUGAUGAAAUGCACCUUAGAUUACUUGCUUCACAAGUACAAAAACUACCAGGUGAAGUUUCAGAUCUUCAUACAUGGAGAUGAAGAUACAUCUCUGAGAGAGAUUUGUUUACAAGAAGGCGUGGGACAUUUAACGAGGAAUACCAAGGUUAAAAUUCCUGCCCUUCAUGAUGAUCUGAGGGUAGUGGAACAAGCCUUCAAACAGAGUGGGGGCUCAAACUCAGAAAAGGUAGGAGCUAGAUAUUGUACCAAAGGCCUGCGCUUAUUCCAUCUCGUUCUAUUCUUCAAAUGUUGGCACAUAUUUCGGGAGUGGAAUUCUGGAAGACUGUAUCAAAGUUCAGUGAAAGAAAACGAAAGUUGCUGUCUUGUGUUCACGUCAUCCACUAAACGUCAAAUUAGGCACUUUCUCGUCGUAGUCGUGCAGUGACGGCAAAGAAUGUACAAGGAGCUUGAUUCACGUGCAAAGUUGCUGUUUUGCCGUUCCCGUUACUGUCGCUGUCCUCUUCUUUAAACUCCCUAAUAAUAUGUAUACAUCGGUGGUGCAAAGUAUUAGACUAACAGUGACCAGUCUAAAUAUUCUUUUGCUCGAUCGUUUCCGUCGGAACUGACACUUAUGACAAAUGUAACAUUUAACCGGAUCAUCAAUUCCUUAAGGCGACGUUGCCUUUUUGAUAAAGCACGUAUCUAUUUCAUUUUCCAGCAUAAGGCCGGCUUUUAAUUCCCUAUUCGAAUGGCUAAAUUUCAUGGCGAAUAAGUGUAAAAAGACUCGGACGCCAAAACUAGGAACUCCACAUAGUACGAAGGAAAUAGAGUACUACUGCAAGUUACGGCUUCAGUUACGUGGUGACCUACAAAGAUUUGUGUUUUCGCGUUGACGCUGAAAUUGUGUAGUGACUAUAUUAGUUUGGGGGUCGUUGUCGAGACUGGAAUGAGUCAGCAGUGAUUUAGUUCCUAAUAAAUGCAUUGCCACGCUACACAGCCUUAACUUAAAGGCGAACACAACCCUAUCAUCGGGCUGAGGCAGCCAGCGACAACUGUUACGCCCUUGUUAGAGUUCAUCAGAAUGGCAUAGUCAUUAGGCCCCUGCCCGCGCCGACCGAACAGCCGCGCCCAGGUGCCGUUUACUGCCGAGGCGAGUGUAAGGCUCUCCCUUAAGGGACAACUCAUUAACAAGGUUGUUCAAGAUGUCGGCUAUCUAUUCUUUUAAUCUCCUCGUUUAUCUAUCUAGGACAUGUAAAACUACCCAGACGCUAACGGAAGCCCAAUGAACACAUCUAGGCGUCUUCUUAACGUAAAACUACGAGCAGCCAUCCUUUUUCUUAGUCCGACGAGCUAAAACCGAUCGAAAAGAAAAAUAGCCACACGUGUGACUGAGGGCUCCCAAGCUCCUUGCGUCUCACGGUUCUCCACUCGCGUGUUACGCGAGUCACUCCGCUAAGUUUUAAGACUGAAGUAAGAGACUUCUCAUAGUCAGAGCAGCUCUCUGCAAUGUUGUUACUCAAAAGAAGUUCUUCAUUAACAACUUGUAACUUUUCAGUUCACUUUGUCAUAUGUACUGUAUAUGUAACCCGUGCUGAGUCUUCCAGUGCGUCUGAGCAGCCGUUUAACGUUUACAUACCGCUGAAAUUACUAAUCGUUGUUUGCAACAAUUGUUUUUAGGUCUUGGUGUUGUUUACUGAUCACAAAGUUUGCUUAAAACAAAACAAGGAGCUCGUUGAGAAAGAAAUCAAGAAAAUCAAAGAGAUCCAGGGAAUAACGAUUUUAUCAGUGGGAAUUGGUUCUCACAUAGACAUCCGCGAAUUAAAAGAAAUCAACAGUGACGAACGCAAAGUCAUGCGCUUUGGAGAAUACACAAAUAGAGAAAUCGUGGGGAAGAGUAUCUCACACGGUAUGUUGUUAUUUGGCAUAAUACAACUUGGAGGUCAGAGACGCCAAGGAGUAAGCUUAAAGUCGAUAAAUGCUACGUCGUGAAAGUCGAGUAACCCAAAUUAUUCAGUAUCAAGUUCGCCAGUAUUUCUGCUGGAAGGAAAAUAAAACCACGUCAUUUGACAAUCAUCGUGCCUAAAAGCAUGGACAAAAAAUAUUGAAAUAGCAAUUGUAUGAAGUGCGCUGAUGACCUGGUGGCUUUUUUAAAAUUCUGGAAUAAUAAUUCCUCGCAAAUCGUGGAACGUGCGUGGAUCGCACUGCGAGGUAGAAACACGGGUCGGCUUUACAUAUGUAUUUCUGGUUGAUAGUGGUAGAGACGUCAUCGAUUGUGACGUUGAGCUGCAUUAAGUUUUCCUAGCAACACGACUUCCACUGAGUGCUCUAUCAUGUUUUUCAUCCCCUGUAAAAAAAUGAUUACAUACCUCAAGCCGAGUUCUCGGUCAGUACUGUACAUUACGGACCGAGUUUUUUCCAUCGAUUUAUGGCCUUAGUGCUAAGCGAAAUGUUGCGACAAACGUAUUUCUAGAGGGCUGAGAUCACAAUUGUAAUAACUGGCGCCAAAUGUAAUUAGAGUCACAAAUAUAUAAGCGCCACGUUACAAAAAUGAUAAUGGGGGCCUUGGGAGCAAGUAAUUGGUCACAAACAGGAGCGGAUUACUUUGGCUCCUGGUCACAAAUGUAACAAUAGUCGUCAAUAUCAUAUCAGGGGUGGGUCAUAAUUGUUGUUUAUCUUGCUACCAUCAUUACGCGUCCUCGCACAGAUUAAGAAAGUGUCUGAUUGUUUAGUUGUUUAUAUUUAUUUAAAUGUGCUACAAAAUUCAAGAGUAUCCAGUUGUUAUUUACGUCAAGAAAAUAGGUGUUAGUUUAGUGUAACAAAUUAUGAAAGAGGUAACUGGCGGGAGGGGUCUUAUCCGCGUUUCAUAUGCACCUUGCCUACUAAUAGGAAUCAAGUUUUGCAAGUGGUAUUGCCUUUGGAAAAAUACCCCUUCAUUGAAAUAGCACCUAUAAUCUUAAUUAUUAUAAGCUGCAUCAAUGGAUAAUGCAAUUCUAGAGCUCUGAUUGGCUUAGCCAUCAUGGUAUGUGAGCCAUUAUACCUUGCUCUCCAAAUUUAUGCUAACGGUACGUGUCUUCUCACAAUUAAAAACAAGCUGAAAAUCGGUUGUUUUUACAAAUAGUUAAUGUCGGGAAGAAUUCUCGAUAUUUUGUUUUGAUAUUUUUUACCCUUUCCGAAUCUUUCCGUAUUGUGAUAUUUAAGCUGGACCUAAUUUAACACGUUCUUAAGCACUGAACCCUUCCGCUUGCCAUCUACCCCUUAUUACAUCCGUGACCCUUGAUUAGCACCAGUUAUUACAUUUGUGACUUCAACACUCAAGUCAAGAAAAUCCAAAAUCUCUGUCAGCUAAAUAAACCUCCCCACUUUAUUUUUUUGCUAAAAUACUUCAGUAACCACAUUCAACAUCUUGUCAUUCACUAAUUUCAAAAGUACCUGGCGGAAUUCUUUACCCUGGCUUCCACACAUGUUUUCGGAACUCAGAAGCUUCCAAAGCUUCCAAUUAAAAACAUUUUGCUUUUUUCUUGACACGCGGUAGAAAUUUUGACAGAUUAUACGUUAAUUAAAAAAAACCUGCAGUGUAAAGGGAAAGAAAAGUUUUUCCUCAUAAUUAUCUUAUUAAAUAACACGGAAAUGUAAGAAGAAGCUAUAACACUGCAGUUAGUAUAACCUUUUCUAUCAAUAUUCUAGAUUUUGAUUCCAAAUAUUAAAGCAGACCUUCUGUUUUUUCUCACUUUCUUAAUUUUUUGCUUAUUUUUUCUAUUUUUGAUAGAGCUUUACGGAAAAGAUUUGUUCGGUAAGUAUCAAUAACGAACGUCAUUCAUUCAUUCAUUACUUUUCUUAUUUUGGGUUUUAUUUAUUUAUUUUUUUGUUGUCUGAUGGAAAUAGAUAAUUCUCAAGACACCUGUUCAGUUACAUGUAGGGGUACACCUUUAACCUGGAGAGGCAAUCCGGGAAAUCGGGUUGGGGUGUGCUGUUUUUUUUUUAUCUAAAAAUACUAAAAUGAUAUGUGAUUUUCCCUUCCCUGAUUCCCAUCCCCUGAUUUCAAGCAGAGAACGACAAAAAGGGUCAAAAAUCUGUUUACGGCCUUCAGACAUACAGGGUGUAGGUAUUUAACGUUAUUUAUAUUCUAAAAAGCUUCAGAGGCUUAAACCUCAGCUGCAUUCCUACACCCAAACGUGGGUCAAGCAAUUCCUCCUCCGGGGGGAGCAACAGCGUGGCAAACUCGUGAAUAAAAAUUUUCCCUCUUUUGGCGGCCUAGCGGCGUCGAUGUUGCUACACUCUAUUUUACUAUUACAGUCAAGUCAUGACUAAGCUGAUACUAAAUGAAGAAAACAAUGAUUUCAGCAUCUCUUUCUGUGUUUGCAGAAAGUUACCAGGAGUACUUCACAACUCCCUAUUUUGUGUUCAUUCGAGAUACCCUCAGCUACCUGGUGCUGCUUGGUUUGCAUUUUGCUCUUUGUCUUGAGACCUCAAGCAUCCCGUUCACCGGUUUAGAGUGGAUGAUAUUGGUAUUCUUCUUGGGAAGGAUCUUGAUGGAGAGUCGACAGUUCUUAGGUGUCAAAGAACAUCAGAUGUGGACGCCUGUAACCAAGAAAUGUAAGGGGUCAAAGUCCGACGAAAAGACUAAAGAGAAGAAUCGAAGGGGAUUCACUCAAAUCUCAGGCAAAGAAGAGGAAGAAGAGAAGAGAGAAGAAGGGAAAAAUGAAAAAGAAACGACGCCAACAAAAGUAGACAUUAUUCGACAUAAAUGCAACAAAUAUUUCAGGUAGCAAACCCUACUUUCAUCAUUAACGCAUACCCUGGUCCGACUUUUUAAAUCUGACCAGUGUCACAAAAAGGUCCUGCUAGAUAUCAAAUGGUGUAUUUAAGAAUAUUUUUUCAAGUGUAAUUUACAAGUGUAGCUACUAUUUCCAAACUCUAAAACAAUGGCUAAAGUAGGUACCUCUAUUCGGUAGUUGAAUUGUCCUUUAAUUUUAAAGAUGCUUAUCUUAAGAAUGAAAAACGGACUGACAAAGAGGUAAAAAGAAAUAAUAACUGUGAACAAAAAUAAAUCCUUAUCUUAUAUUUUAAUCCUGUAGUGAUCGAUGGAACAUUUUGGACUUCAUCACCCUUUUGAACUACACGGUGACCUUUGCACUAAGAGUUGUCACGUGGGCCUUGUCUGAAUCGACCACUGACAAUCGAGCUCUCGUAAUCGCUGGAUAUCUGUACGGUCUUAACACCAUGUUCCUUACGCUUCGAGUUUUUGGCCACGUGUUGGAAACUAUCAAGGGGAUUGGCGACAUUCAGAUCGCUUUGUUUCACAUUAUAGGUGACGUGGUGACCAUCUUCUGGCAGUUUACUGCAACUAUAUUGGCGUUUUCUAUCGCUAUCACAAAAGUGUUUAUGGCAGAAAGAUCAUUCAUUUCUAAAAACACUGGCACCGAAUCGUGAGUACUACACACAUUUAAUAUGAAACAUCUGCCAGCAAGACUCUCCCCAGCCCCCAUAAAAAUGCAAGCAAAGUUCUCUUGGUUUGCAGGAGAACAGUAAUUUGUUUAACAUCUCUGGUUGGGAAAAGAAGAAAGGGCAGGCGAAGGAGUUCCUUUUCGCAUCUUUUGUUUGCUAUUUUUUGCAACUGUUAGGUACCGGUAAUAACGAGGAUCACACAGUACGUGGUCUUCAAAGAGAAAUAACCUUUACAUAUGGCCUGAGAAAACAGCCAAACUUUCGCGACGACACCACUGGUUUGCCCGCACAAUGACGUCGGAGAAACGAGAGCUGAAAUUCUAUAAAAAAUAACUUGUCACUAUCCAGCCAUCUGGGUAGGGCUUGAUUGGUUGAAAAUUUGCUUCAUCCAAUUAAAAGCACUAACCAGGUCUAGGUAGUAGUGACACCUCAUCAAUAUAGAAUUUCUGCGCUCCUUUCUCAGAAGUCAUUUCGCGAGGUAAUCAGUGGUGGCGUCGCGAAAUAUCGGCUGUUUUUUCAGAGUAUAACCUUAAGUUUUCGCCACUUCCUCUCCAACAGUGGGAAACGAGUUUUCAGAUUAUGACUUAACUAUUAAACGUUAGGCUCUUUAUGAAAACCAACUUUCAAAAUAGAACUGUCAGCCAUCUCAGCAAUUGUUGAAGAGUUGUUUUCCCUAUUACUUGAACUUAAAGAACUUUCUUUUUUAGAGAUCCUAAUGUUGUAUGGAAACCAGCUUUAACAGUUUAUAAUUUCCAAUUUUAGUGUUCUACGUGUUUCAUUCGGUUUCUUACAUCGCUAUAUUAUAAAUUCAGGGUUCGUACACAUGUUCCCAUAUAAAAUUCAAGGACUUUUCAAGGACUUUCAAGGACUACAAUUUAAAAUUUCAAAGACAUAAUUUAUUACUUUUAACACGCAUUCCAAAUAAACUAUGAAUAUAUUCGGAUAAUAAUGGGCUUUUGUUCUUAAAGGUAACCAUUUGUAUGAAAAUUUGUUUGUGAGUCAAAACCUUACUUUCAUUUCCUCAACGCCGAUUUUAUGUUGUUGGCUUAAACCGGUAUUUCCCAAAGUUCUUUGGAGAAUUGUAAACGUUCCUCAGUUAAAAUUCAAUAUUUGUCCAGGACCAAAACGAAUGAAGCAGAAUUUCAAGGACUUUCAAGGCCCAAAAAUUCAAGAGUUUUCAAGAUGCGCACGAACCCUGUUUAUUUCGGAAUGAAAAGUUUCAUAGACGAUCGAACUAACGAGACUACUUGUGUUGACGGUCAAAUACAGUAAGACUUACUGGAGGAAAUAGCUGCCAAAUUUUAUACAGCUAUGUUAUCUCCGCAUACAUUUAAAUGGAAUGGUUACACUUGAUCUUUCCCUUUUGUUCGGUAACAUUUAAACGAGAGAAAACGAAAGCUUGGUAAACUAUAGAUCUUUCUUUCAUUAUAGUGCCUGCAAAACGGCCAGUGGGUUAGUUUGGUAAGUGAAUUUUUGAUCCUUUGUCAGUAGCAUAUUACAACACACGUCAAAAAGGCUAUUUUAUUGUUAUUAUGUUUCAUGUACUUUUUCGUUUUUAUUGUCAUGGGCGUUUGAUUGAAAUAACCUCGUAAAGGCGUAUGAACGCAUUUUUUCUUAGCUUUAAUUAAAGUUUGUUCGGAAAAAAAUAAGCCACCUCCUGAUUCUUCUUAAUUUCUAACGAUUUAUGGAUAUUGAAAUUAUCGUCAGAAAGAAGUUCCCCUUACUAAUUUCUCACAAGCUUCUUGGGCCAUCACGAUGUCUUUGUAUAGGGCUGCAAUUUCAAGCCCGCGGUGUUGAAAUUCUGGAGCUUUAUGAUUUAUUUGUUUAUUUAUUGACUCUUCAUAAGUUACAAAUUACAAAUUAAAUUAAAUUAAAUCAAAAUUGAAUUAAACGAAUAUAUACACACAAACAUCCUCUGCUCGCAAAUAGCUUGGCUAAUCGAGGUGGGCAGAGGAACACAUAUAGUAAUGUGUAACUAGAAUGAAAUUAAGAAGAGGAAACGAAAAGGAAGAAAAAUCUAUAUCAACGACACAAGAAGAUGGACUAAGUUAUUACAAUACAAUGUUACAAAAUAUACAAACUUAUGUUACAUUUCAUGUAAACUUGCUUAGUUUUAAUUAUUACUUAAAGUAGGUGUGUCAACAUAAUUAUCCUGAAUUGACUGAAUUCACUUAAGAAAAAGAGGUACAAAGAUGGCUCCGAGAGCUUGUUACUCGGCUCCAAAAAUGAACAUUUUGUAAGAUACUCUUUUGUUAUCAUCCAUCAGUUGGUGGAGCAUGGUGAAGCAUCUUUCAUGGUCUUUUCUUGGAAUAGCGGAGCUGGACCCUUUAGAAUCAGUGGACAGCGCAUCAGUCACUAUCGCGCACUUCCUCUUUGCAGCUUUUCUUAUAAUGGGAGUCAUUCUUCUCGUUAAUAUGAUGAUAGCCCUACUGUCUAACACUUACCAACGAGUGAAGGUAAGGUCUACCGAAGAUCAUCUUUUAAAAUCUUUGAGACAUUUUCUCACACAUUUGUCUUCGAAAGAAGAAUAUUUCUAGUGCACGCAGCAAAAUAGAAAAUGCCGGGCACAUGGUCUCAGCUUGAAUCGGAGACGGAUAUUAUCAGGUCUGAAAGAUACCCAAUCACUAAUCUUUCCUAGUUAAAGGAGUUCUACCGUCCUUGUUCAACUCGGCGUCUCGAUUUCAACUCCUCCUCUAACCAAGAUUAGACUACGAGUAGUCUCUCUUUUUCUUCAGAUUUAGCAAGAGGAGUGCUCACGAGAGAAACGAGGGCGGCAGCCCGAGAAGAAAAAAGAGUAACUGCUCCUAUAGCCAGCGCACAUCGUUGCCCCCACUUUUUUUGCGCCCCUCCCGUUUCGUGAGUUCCACCAUGCGCGUGGACUCAUUUUCGUGUUUCGAGCGUUUCACUCGACGGACAAAGAAAAAAGAGACUGCUUGUAGUCUAACCAAUUAAGAUGAGAUAUGAGUUCUAUUUUGUCCUAAUUCAGCUAAUUGGAUUGUCUAUAUGAUUAUUUGUGCGGAGUAUCUAUAAACUAGCUGGAGUAGCUGAAUGUACUUAUACAAUCAAAGUAUUUACCUUUUUAUACCGUUUGGUAUUUGCUUUAAAAGUAAAUCAUCCUUUUGUUAUUUGGCGUAAAUUCAAGUUUUAUAUCCUUCUUGGAAUGAAUGUAGGAUGGCUGCUUGUUCUUAGCUUGUUCUGCUAUGUUGCGGGAAGGGCUGAUGGUGAAAUCUACCGUCAUGCGUUAACAAUUAUUCUCUUGAGCUCAAGAUUUCUUUAAAAUGGCAGCUAAUUAAGAUAAUCAUUUCGUCUUGUUUUUUAAGGAUAACUCCAUGAAAGAAUGGUCGUUCAAGAAAGCCAUUACCAUCCAAACAUACAGGGCAUAUCAUCCAAUACCUGUGCCCCUCAACCUUGUAUCCAAUUCAUUUCUGUGGAUAAAACGGUUGUAUCUUCUCUGUUCGAGGCGCUGCUGCGACAAAAAACAGGAUAAUAACAGUUUCAGUAGUCGAGUAAGUAACUUUUAACAAGGACUGUACCAUUUAUACAAACCACCCUGGUAAAAAUGUUGUGCAUGUAGGUAAACUACGAAAUUUCACAUAGUCGUGGAAAAACCCGCUACGAACUUUAUCCAAAUCAGCUGAAUAGAGUCAGAACAGAGUGGUCAAAUUACAUCGCCGCAAAUCCCAGUCCAUUCUUAUCUGAAGCUUCCCAAACGGAAUGGGGCAAACCAUUUAAUUUUUCCAACCGGAAUCUCCGGUUAUUCCACGUAAAUGGUAGUACCCUAGGUCACCAUAGAAGGAAAGCGUUAGAUCAGCGGGGUUGCCAAAACAUCUUCAUUGCCUGAUGGACAAAAAAGUGAUAUUGAGUCAGAACUAGCUAACCCAAUUUGCCUGUAAAAUGUUAUACUGUAUCCUUGAUACGUUUUGAGGCUUUCCCCACUUUCCUUGUCAGCCUUACUUGCUUAUAUAUUUAUCUUGGGUUCUCUGAACAACAGAAGGAUCGCUUACCGCAUCAUUAAGAAACCAAUCCCCGAACGCGAUGUUCUUGAUUCAACCGUGCUUCCAUCCUCAGUACCUGCAUCUUUCAUAUCAGAACUCCUGGUUUGUUUGUUUUUAGAAUUCCUUGGAGAAAAAAGAAAAUCCUUUGAAUGAAGUUGUGAAAAAAAUGCAAAAUGCGUACCUUUCCAGUUAUGGCUACUCAUUUCCUCUGACAGGUAAAAAUGUUGUUUUAGUACCUAUGAUCCUCAACAGCUUCCCGCCAACAGAACCUGACUAAUGCUCAUCUUCGUUGAUUUAUUCUCACCAGUUUCUUCCAAACCACCUUCUCAGUCGGCUACCAUUUACGCAAUAUUGAACAAUCAUUAAGUUCAGUCGCUUUACACUCUAGUUACCUUUGCUUUAUACUUUGCAGUAUGCAGGUACUCUGUUUGCUCAAAAGUAAUGUUUGCGGCAGUAAAUUAAGCACCUUUAUUUUUGUUCUUUGUUAUUAAGAUGAAAGAAAAAUGGACUACGUUCUUCAAGAAACUGAGCGAAACAGGCAAAUGGUAAAUCAGAUAGCUUACAAAACAUUUGCAGCAAGUGGAGUAAAUGAUUCCAUUUUUCCCGCCGGUCCAGAGGUAUGCUUCCAUCUCAUGACGGACAUGAGUUUCAUGAUGUUUUUUCGUUGUGAAAUUGGAUUGCUCUAAUUUCUUUUCUUCCCAGAUUUUGUAAACUUUCACCACACAAGUUUACGCCCAGUCACAUUUACUAUGCAAAAAACUCUAAACCACAAAAGUUUAUCCCACACAGAAUUUUGUAUAGGUAAUCAUACGACUUGAAGACCAAUUAUGAUUUUGCAAAAGUAUCGAAAUUUGAGGUUUUUUUUCUUUUACAAGAACAUGUAUGGUCGUUUUGCCGGGCGGCCAAAAAAAGAUGGCCGUUUCAACGAGAUGACCGUAUUACCGAGGUGGCUAUAAGGCGGGCUUCCACUUUACCUUAUAGGUCGUACUAAGUGUGAUCUAAGUUUUGAGUCAGACUUGAAAGCUGAUCGUAUGCCCGUGCUGUUGUAGGCAAGAUGAAGUGGCUCGGAUAACCCUUUGAUGUAUUGCAGAAAUGCUGAUUUAAUUUCGGCUGUGGCUUCUUUAUUAGAGGCCAAACUUCAAGGUGUCUGCCAGCAAAUUUCAGCACCUGAUUGGUUCUUAUAUUAUUUUUUAGCCAAUCAUAGUGCUCCUUCGUCUGAGAUAUUUGCAUUUUAUUUCCUUUUUUCAGUGCAUUAUGUUUCCUCGUUUUGCAUCGUUUUUACAUAAAACUGCAUUAUUUGCUCUCUGCCAGUCAGAUUCAAGAAAUUUUUCAAUGUACAUUAUUAAGUACGUAAUAAUAUUUCGUAAAUAAUGUAGUUUUGGGUUGACCGAUUUUAAUAAAUAAACGCUUCUUCCAGGCCUGGCAAAAAGAGGGAAUUAGAAUCCAAGGAUAUCUUUUAAUUUGUGAAGGGAGCAAACUUUGCGGCACAUGCAAAGAUAUUAACUAUCCAGCUGAAUAUCACGGUGCAAGAUACAAGGUUCCUUUUUCUCCAGACUCGCCCCAUUUUGAGGUAUGUCGUAUUUAAGUAAGCCAGGAGAACUAUUUUUUCAAAAGAGUGAAUACUACUUUUAACUGACAAAAAUUGCAGCUGAAACAUUUUAUUUCAACUUGCAAAAGAUUUACUCUUAAUCCAGCGGCGUUGAAACAUUUGUGAAAUUUAACCAACAAGUCAGAUUUGACGUGGCGGUGAAUGUACCACCCAAAAAGCAUUAGUAUUUUAUUCCAAUCAUUUAUUGCUACAUCAAUUCAUCUAGGUUCUUGUUCAGGAAACUGGAAGAAGACGGCUUUUAGGAUUGGGUGUUGUUGGCGAAGAUUAUGGAAAUCAUGCCCUGCCGGGUUGGUUAAAGGGAACCGUGGGAUAUCACAUUGAUGAAGGGAAGAUAUUUGACGCAAACAACCCUACAAAGGGAAGAGAGUAUGAAGGUAAGGAAAAAGAGAUGAAGAAAAUUAACUUGGAGCAUAACUAAUCCUUUCAGUUUUCGAGUCAAUUAUAGAGACUACAGGGAAUUUCUACGCAAAAACUUCUAUUGUAUGACAAGACCAAUGAAAUUUCUUUCUUCCAUAUGUCAUAAAUUUUUCCAAAUGAGAUUUGAAAUGGAGAACUAUCUAUUAUAACAUAGCUAGAAAAUUCGCCUAAUCAAAUUCAAUAGCGCAAGCGUGCUUCAUAUUCCUAUUGAGCACGCUGAUGACGUCAAUAAACUAUUCGUAAUUCCUCGAGUUGUUGUGAGCCUCGCAAUCCUGAGUCUCCUGAGUGCAUCCAUAACUCAGCAAUAGACAAUGAAGCGUUUACAUGUGUUUUCUAAGGAAAUUUAAGAGGAAACGUUUGAAUUUGUUAACUGAUAGCAAGGAAAUGAGGUGAGUGUUGUUGUUGUUGUUGUCAUCUCCGCGAGCUGUGCGGGAUAUGGCGUGAGAUCAUUCUUUGCAAAGUUGUUUUCUGUCAAUAUCAUUUUUUCGGUAAAUUAAUAGUUUUCCGGCACCUAAAUAUGGAUGUUACAAUCUUUCUCUCAGUUUCAGGAUAAAAACAUAAGAUUAACUGUGAGGAAAAAAAAUUAGUCACGUAAACAUUGACGCGUACUGCUUUGAGCACACCCUACAAUGAUAAAAUUUUAAGUUCACUGCUGCAUUGAUCGCUUUGAUAAUGUUAUAAAACAAUUAGUUCAUGCUGCAGCUGUGCGUAUGUCGAGAUAUUGAGCACUUGGGAAGUUUGGAGAGCACUCAAGAGGCUAGAGUUGCACUCGGCUGCGCCUCGUGCAACUCUUACGCCUCUUUCAUGCUCUCCAAACUUCCCGCGUGCUCAAUAUCUCGACAUACGCACGCUGACGCAUGAACUAAUUGUUAAAUAAUGAUCAUCUCACAAGAGUGAGGUUGCAAAAAAAUCACGAGUCCCACCGACAACAUUUUACCUCAUGCACCAAUUGAUACUACACGUGAGAUUGAGCACGUGACCCACACCUCAUAAGCAACUGGCAAACCGUACGAGGUAGUCGGUUAUUUUGAGAAGGGAAAUUCAAUUUAUCCAAGCAUCACUCAUGACAUACGAAACAACUCCUUCCAUCACCUGCAAUCCUUUGAUUAUCGGCCCUGAAAAGCCGAAUGUGGAGACAAGAACGAACACAUCUAGCAAGAGGAGUAAGACGAAUCAAGAUGGCGCUCCUGCUGCAACAGACACAAGCCGAACAAGUAGUCACACGUAAAGUCAAAGACUUCACGGAAUCACUAAACCUAACCCGGAAAGACUCACUUCGACAAAGGGCUCUUCUGUAAAUCAAAUCGGUUCAAAUACCGAGGAAUUAAUGACAAAAUUGUUAGGAAUGAUACAAACAGUCGCUCAACAAAAAGCGAAGGGGCAGUCAAAAUUGAAUGCGACGCUGGAAUCUAUGGAGGAAAAACGUAACUCCCUACACGAAACAUUGCUAACGGGACAACCGUUCAUCACCUUUAGAUGGUGAUUUUUCUCUCAGAAAGGAAAAUAGGAGCAAUCACCUAGCAACGCGAGAAACUGCUUCCUAUAUCUUAUUUAGCGCUAAAACUCUGAUAUAUAAACAAAACACACGCACAUAUACACAAAGUGGAGCUUAAAACCUACCUGACUAACGGCGCGUGAAACGCUGAGACUUCAAUAGUUUUUCAUUUCCUCGAGAUAGAACGGAGAAAACGGUUCUGUAAUAGUCAGACAAAAUUAAAAUAGAGACUUUCCACCUCCACUUUGGUUUACUAGACAGCGUUCAUUUACUUUUAUUAAUUUGAGCACAAUACAUACGAUCAGGCCCAGUGUUUGGCCAAGUAAUUAAACUUAUUUUCCAAAUUUUCUUUGCAGGCGCCAUGGCCUACAGAGGGGACUUGAUUGGCUGCACAGUCAAGUUUGAGUUGGCAAAAGAUCGGAAAGUCCCAAUCUUGUUUUAUUUAAACGGAAGGCAGAUUACUGAGGAUGAGAUAUUAAUGGAGUACACUCACAAUGGGAAAUUGUAUCCCUACAUUGGUAUGGGACACACAGGAUUAAGAGUACUGGCAAAGGUUAGCGUUUUUUUAAUUAUUAUUUUCAUUUUAUCUUUCUGAAAAGUAACCAUGUUUGCCCAUAUACAUCGCAUCUGAGCGGAUUUAACAAGGACAUUUUGGCGUUUUUGUACCCCAUCGACUUUCCUCUUUGCAAAGCCUUAACCUCCCAAGUUACAUGCUCUUUUCUCUUCCAUUUUGUGAAAGCGAUUACAACAACCGCAGUUCAAAAAUGAAUUAUUUCAUAUACUUCACAUCAAAGCGAUUAGAGUCCGAUCAAGAUGCUCCUACCACAACAGGUAUCACCACCACUUUUUCAUGCUCUUUUCUCUUCCAUUUUGUCAAAGCGAUUAGAGUUCGUUCAAGAUGCUCCUACCACAACAGGUAUCACCACCACUUUUUCAUUGCUUCUUUUUGCAGAUAUUAGUCAGUUUUCUCGCUUUCUUUUGCGAAUACCCUGCUAUAAGCGAAGGUUGCCGCAUUAAUAAUGACGAUAAUCUUACACCAUCUGUCAGUUCUCUGUUCUUCUUCUAAAACCAAACUAUUAUAUGCUGGCUGGAGUAUUUCCUUGGGGGUGCAUUAUAUUGAACAUUCCGGGAUCCCUCUAGGAUUUAUCUAUCCCUCGUGAUUUUCGACGGACUCGAGAUAACCGGCAGAAGCAAAUAAUUGUCACUUUUCUUGUCUUUACCCUCUCCCUCCCCGCCACCAUUAAACCAUUGACUAUUAGAUGUGGAUUUUUUCCCUCACCUUUGCUGGGUAGGGCCUCGUUUUAUGGGCUGUAAUUGAUAUUAAUUUGAAAGGAUUAAAAGCGGCUAUGCGGCCGCCAAAGCUUAUCCAAAAAGAAAUUUGAGUUUGCUGAUUCAUUAGUCAGGGAGCAUAUGUGGCUGAAAAACGUUCGGUGGGAUAUUUGUGAUGAUUCCAAGCGACUAGUGUAGAAGUGUUAAGGGAGGCCUGAGGAACAUGUUUAAUGUUGUCGGCACUUCUGUAAUUCGUGCAGGGGGUAUUUAAGGGGCACUGAAAAAUUGCCCGUUGCGCCUUACAUGAAGACGAGGCUAGAGUAUGGAAAAAGCUUAAUACAACUGCUGUUUAAUCACGCUCUUUUCUGCCAGUUUAAUAGUUAUAUUUCCUGAGAUAUCUAGGAAUGUUAAACUACUUGUAGUGCAUUGGUGAAAGUUGAAAAUCCGAAUUUUUAGUUCAAAAGAAGCCAGUUGCUUCAGAAGAAAGAAUAAUUCCUUGGAAUAUCAAUGUGGGAAAACAACUAAUUUGUCCUGCACUGAAAAAUGUAGACAUUCCUCGUUUUUUUUUUCCCAGCGCUUAAAAAGUGAGUAUAAACUGGAUUGCUUUUAUAAUUCCAUUUUAAACUAUGAUAGUUAUAUAGGCUAUUUUUUUUCUUUAUUACAUGUGCUAAUACCGUCAUUCCAGUUUUCUGGUUUGGUGUUGUGUGUUGUCGCCAGAACAUCUGGUAUACAUAAUGCCGUUUUAUGUCUUUUAUCCAGUCUAAAUGUCGAAUUCUUCGGCUACUUGAGAGACCAAGGACCCCAAGAUAAGUUUUUGUAUUAUUUGUGUCCAAAUUAAGGCAAAUGAACGACUUCCGGAGAACCCAACUUCUCACGACAGAGUUUUGACUUGAAUACAAGAAUGGGCAGGUCAAAAUUAAAAACGUUCACAGCUUUAAAGCUUAAGGAUAAAAGAGCAUCUUGGCAGAGAGUGUGUUCAAGUGGUAUAAGGACGCCAUACAUAGAGACAUAUAUUGCAAUCGCUCGCAGUCUAUACGGGAAUGCUCAGGAGAGCGAGAGAACGGUGCGAGAGAGAUUUGGCUAGGGCUGGGCCCAUGAAACAAGACAAAAGGUUUCAAAAGUGGCACCAGAGGAAAUACCGCUGCGGCUAACAAGAUCUAAAACAUCACUAUUUAUCAAAGUGCUCUUUUGUGACGGGCAGUGAGUCUCGCGGGAAAGCUCUUUUACUGUUUCCAGUCCUUCUAUUACCCAGUUCUUACGUACUGCAAUUGAAAAUUCUGGAAACGACCGGCUCCGAGUGAAACUGGGUACAUAAGUACGCACCAGUAAUGAACAGGAUUCUGGAAUUAGGUAUCAUAAGGUCUGUUGGCUGAAUAAUGUCACAAAUGUACUGUGCAAGCCUGACCCGGGAACUACUCCAAACAAUGACUGUGUCCGAUUUACAAGCAGCAUAUUCAUGCGAGUAUUCUUGAAGCAAACAAUGUCCAUGAGACCGUAUGCAAUCAAAACAGCAAAUUUUGAUACAGUUGAACUUCUCUACAACGGUCACCUUGGGGACAGAAUAAAGUGGCCGUUGUAAUGAGCCAAUGUAUGGAUUUUUCCCCUCCGGGACGAAACAAAGUGGCCUUUGUAGAGAGGUAGCCGUUAGUGGAGGUUCGACUGUACCUAAAGUGGAAUUUCACCGACCACCAAAAGCUAACGAAUCAGACCAAGUAAGCAUUAAGAAGACACAGGAUGAUGCCACCAUUAUUCAUCUAGUAGACAAGAAACUGAGUAUUCACUAUCGAAAACAAAAGAAAGUACUGUUUGAACCGGCACUCUUGUUACUAAAGGUAAUCAAUAGUUGCACGAAAUGAGUGUUUUCAAUGAUUGGCCAGUACGAAUUUUCUGUCAGUUCUGAGGUCGUUGUUUGCACCCGAUGUUAAAACGCUUCAUUGUCCUGCAAAGAGCGCUGUUAUGAAAAUUCUUGAAAAGUUUAGUGCUUGGUGGCCAAUCAGAGCAAGGAACGACCACCGGUCCUCAGAUUAGUGCGAAUGAAAGAGAAAAUAUGGAACCCUCAGUUGAGCUCUCAUCUCAACUGCGAGUUGCUGUUGUUGACGUCACAAGUCGACAGAACUUCAAUCUCUUGGUAAGCCGGACGAUAUCAAGAAUGGUCGGCAAUUGGCUGAGUGCUUUUCUGCCAGAAUCAAACCAUAAGUACAAGUCCAGUGAUGAGGUCUGUCUGAUUUUCGAUAGAUAAGACUUGCCAAUAUCUCUGAAAACAGCUACCUGAGUAACCAUGAGGCAGGUUGGUCAAGAUCCCGUGUAUUAUCGUAUUAUUAAUUCCACGCACAUCGCCCAGGAACCAGUGAAAAGACUCCUUUCUCAUAGAAAAAACAAGAACGGGCUAUCUAGCUACCUAGCAGAGAAGUUCCUAGAUCAUGCUAUGAAGACAAAUCUAAGAGUUUUUGUGGCUUGGGGAUGCCCGUGUCGUGCAACUCAUCAAAAUGUGAACCAUCUUCAAAGUAAUCAAGAAGAAGCAGACACCAAGAUGUUCCUACAUGACCUGGACGCAACUGUCAACGGUGUAACAGAGCUUCAUAUCCAUUCUCCAGACACAUAUAUUUUAGUUCUGCCUGUAAGACGCUAUCUGGAUCCGUGUGAAGACAUGGUUUGUCGCUGGUACGGAGAUAACCUUCGUGGGAUUGGCUAGAGGCUAGUGCCCUCGGCAGUGUUAAACUUGUAGCAUUACCAGCGUUCCACUCAUUCAGUGAGGCUGAUAUCACCAGGCGUUUUUCUAGUAAAGGGAAACUUUCAUGCUGGAAAACGUUCAUGGACGCAGAAAAAGAUACCGUAACUGCUUUGGGAAACCUUGGAGCCACAGUGCAUAUCCCAGACGAGGUACUGGCUUUUGUGGAGAAGUUUAUAUGCCAGCUUUAUCAGCCUGGAACCGAUAUCUCGCAAGUCAAGUAACUAAGAUGGCACAUGUUUAGAAAAAAUCAGGCGUAAUCGGAUAGACUUUCAAGAACACAGAGUGCAAUUCGCGGUUCCCACUAUCAAAUGAUAGUCUGGAACAAUGAUAAAGUGUACAUGUGUUGUCCUAGUUUGCCACAACCAGAUGGAUUGGGGUGUGAAGAAAAGGGUGGAUAAAUGUAUUCCAAUUAUGACUAAAGCAAUCGUUCAAUUGGUCAAGUGCGGCUGUCAAAAGAACCGAUGCUCAAACAAACGAUUGCACUGCCGUAAAAUUAGGCUUAAAUGGCUCCUACCUCUGUUCUUGCUGUGACAAUAAUGGUCUCUGUGAAAAUGCUUGUGAAGAUAAUUAUACACUAAAAGCUGAGUACGAGGACUCUGGCAGUGACGAGUAGAAAAUUCAGGAAGUCGAAAUAUGUUGAAAAAUAUGACUUUCAAUUUGUUUUUGUGAAAAUGUAUUAAUUUUAGCACUCUUUAAGGGCCACAUUGUAUUAAGUCUCUACUUCUGGACACGUGAUCACGCAGAAGUAUCGCCAUCAACUACUUAUUUAGCAAGACACCCCAGAAUUCGAAACCGAUUGUACUUUGUUGCAAAAUUCUAAUAAACGGCCAUUUUUCAGUCGUUUUAUUGGUCAGCCUCGUUUCCAUGCGGGGUAUUGCAGAGGUCUUCUUUUAACGACUACUAAAAAACCCUCUGCAAGCAAUACAAAAGCGCUUUCAAAAAUAAACAUGUUCCUUAGGCCCCCUUGAAAAAGUCACACGGGAAUACCAUUGCUCCUACACUACAUUGUCAAACGCCAUUCCCAGAAUUAUAUUAUUUUUUGGAGAGGGGCAGAAUUAUUAUUAUCAUUAUCAUUAUCAUUAUCAUUGUCAUUGUCAUUGUCAUUGUCAUUAUCAUUAUCAUUGUCAUUGUCAUUGUCAUUGUCAUUGUCAUUGUCAUUGUCAUUGUCAUUGUCAUUGUCAUUGUCAUUGUCAUUAUCAUUGUCAUUGUCAUUAUCAUUGUCAUUAUCAUUAUCAUUAUCAUUAUCUUAAAGUAAGCGCUUUUCCAAGAAGUCUCAGUCUUCAGAUGUCCUGCAGGUUGACAUUUCUGAAAUGUCACUGAAUCAGCGGCCUUUCCUAAUGACCCCUUAAACGCCUAUGACCACAAGGAUUCCUGUCGUUUUCAUUUACACUAUUGAUGCUACCCUGUUUCCAGGUCUUUGCAUUUGGACAGUUUUUUAAGUCUUUCUAUCAGAUAUUACACCCACCGUUAUGGGUAUACUAUUUUUCUCAUGUCUGUUCUUGACUAGGAUAUACAGGUCCUUUAGCAGAUACUUUCAUAUCUGCAUUAAUGGGCAAAUCAUACAGGUUGAUAUAAUUAGGACAUAUGUUGCUGCCUUGAGUCCAGUGGACUUGGGCCACUGGUUUGUUAUUUUCAUAUGCACUUCAUUUUACGUUUUACUGACACUACUUUCCAGGCAAGGCUACUUCCCAUCAGGUUUCAUGUAUUUCUCUGGUUCUGACCUUCAGGCAGCGUGUCUUAAUUUUCUUUGCAUACAAUAAUGAUGUCCUACAACAUUUAGAUGAACCUUGAGCAUGAAGGUUUAAUUGGCGUUUGAAUUUAGCAUUUUGGGGGGGAAAGAGAAGAGUUUUUUCCGCUUUCAUGUUGUUGAAAUAUUGAAUUGUACGGAAUAAUGAAUUCUCACUAUUUAACCUCUUGUAAAGGUUGUUUAUUAUGCCACUGGAACGCCAUACGGGGAAGGCAGAUAAUAGUAUUGAAAAUCAAUAAUUAAAGAAGUUUAUGUUUGUUUUCAUUUAGAUGACUUCUCGUCACGAUGUGGAUAAAAUCGUGAGGAUCCCUCAAUUUAAAGAUAGCGAUCAACUUCAGAGUGAAGAGCUUGACUCGAUAUUGGACACCUUGGAAGGAAUAGAGAACAAGUUUUACUUGUCCUUUCAGCAAAUGAAUGAUGCUUUUCGACUUUUAAGCAGAGAAAUGGAUGAGGGUACCGAAGCCGAAGAAGUCAUCGAGGUCUCAACAUCGUCGGUGGUUGAAUGUUCCUUGGAUCAGAUGGGCCUACACGAUACUGAGGACCUGUGCGAAAGAGACAACCUGAGGCGAAAAAACGUGGAAUCAUCUUUUGACAGAGAAAUAGAUCAGGAAACCAUUGUGCCAACAACAUCGUCGGAGAUCGAAUGUUCCUUAGAUCAUAUGGGCCUACAAGAUACAGAGGACCUGUGUGAAAUGGACAACCGGAAGCGAAAAACUAUCGGAUCGUCAGUUGAAACGAAGACCACGGUUGUGAAGAGUGUACAAACAAAACACGUGGGAAAAAGGGACAUCCAGAAGCCGACAAAGGUUGAACGAAGAGAAAUAGAGGAGAAAAUUGUCCAGCUGGAACGAAUGAUGGAUAGAAAAUUUUACCAAAUAUUGAACGCUUUUCAGCAGACAAUAGAAAAGGCCCAGCAACAGGAUAAAAUGUAA